AUGCCAGGCAACUCUGGGAAGAGAGAGAAUCUUUUCAUGGGUUUUGAAAGGUUUGGUGGAACUGAUCUGUCGAAGAAGGAAUUCCACCCUAUGACAGAAGAACAUGAAACACCUCACAAAGCUUUAAAGCAAGAUCUGGAGAUGGACCAGGAAAAGGAAACCAAAAAGGAGCAGAGUGAGGAAGCACUGCCCAUGGUUCCCAGUAGGAAAGGGAGCUCACCCAAUGCAAGUGGUAUUAAAGGAGAUAAGACAAAGCAAAAUGACCCUGACUCUCCUAAUGAGAAAGAGGUGGAGGCUGAAUUUCUAAGGUUGUCUUUAGGUUUCAAGUGUGACUUGUUUACCUUGGACAAGAGAGUAAAGCUUGAAGAGAGAUCCCGAAAUCUGGCUGAAGAAGCCUUGAAAAAGGAAAUCACAGAUGCUCUAAAGCUGCUAGAGGCUCUGGUUCCUUUGUGCGAAGAAGACAACCAAGCACAGGAGAUUAUUAAGAAGCUGCAGAAAAGCUUGCAGUUCCUUGGCCAGUAUGCAGUCCGUGUCGCCAGCAAAGCGGAGAUGCUGGGAGCUAUUAAUCAGGAGAGCCGGGUCAGCAAGGCUGUGGAAGUAAUGAUCCAGCACGUGGAGAACCUGAAGCGCAUGUACACCAAGGAACACGCCGAACUCGAGGAGCUGAAACAGGUCCUGCUCCAGAAUGAGAGGUCAUUCAGUUCCCUUGGAGAUCAAGAUGAAUCUACAAAUAAGAAGCUACCAAAUUCUCUUAACUUCAAGGUAUGACCCUACAACUUAACACAAAACUUAA